AUGUCUGCAGCUGCGUUCCAGCAGCUUCCCCCGCACAUCUGGGAGUACGUAUGCCGUGAGCUUAUUGGGCCGGAGGACGAUAUAUGGAAUACUCGUGAAAACCGCAUAGGUUGUGGCACACUCGCUGCCCUCGCGAGGACGUGUAAGUCGCUUCAUGGUCCCUCGUUGAAUGUGCUGUGGCACACCAUCCCCGAUAUCUUCGUCUUCUUCUACGCCCUGCCCCGCACUUGUUAUCGGAGGGAACAGAUCUAUGACGGGCAUUUCCACGAGGGGCACGAAUACUUCAGCUUCAAAGAACCGGUACAACGCCUGGAUCUUAUCCGCUUCUUUGCCAAUGCCCACCGCGUCCGAGCUGUGAAGGCGUAUGUGUGGCACAUUCCUUAUGAGGUGUCCCGAUAUCAAGCCGCGCCGUCCGCAUAUGAUUUCUUGUCCGAAGUCCUGCAGUCUCAACCGCUUCUGCCCAAUGUACAGGUCGUCCAGCACUAUGCGCUUGACUCAGAAGACUAUCCCGAAAUCUUGCGGUCCCUCCAUAUCCUCUUCGGCCCGCAGCUACAUACCUUGCACAUCCUGGGUCGCGCACUCGGACGGUUUCCUCCCCUCCCGGACAACCUACCUCUCCUCGACAAAGUCGACUCGGAGGACAUGAUCGCCAGCUUGUUCUCCAAGGUCAAAGACCUCUCUCCAGGACUUCGCGAGCUCAAUGUACUUUUGGACCCAUCUAGCCGUGUCAUUGUUGCGGCCGUGUCGUCCAUGAUUUGCGGCUUGAGUCACCUCACUACCGUCGAGCUCUCGCCCGAACACUUUCCGAUCACCCCACUAAUGUUUGUCCACCUCGCACUUCUGCCUAAUCUCCGUGUUCUCCGCUGCAGCUCUAACGACAUGUUCUGGAAAGAGCAUGACUUCGGACCCCUCCCCUACGCCCUACCCGGUCGCACCUUCCCCAUGUUGCAGGUACUCAGGCUCACGGCACCCACUUUGCACUUGCCCGCUCAAUUCCUGCGGUUCGUCAUGUCGCCCACCUUCGCCGAAUUCACAGUCACUGCGACCGCCAAAGUUCCGCGGCGCGAAAUCCGGCCACUGUUCUCCGCCCUCGCCGCGCUUCCUUCGCGCGAUACAUUCCGUACGCUCUCCGUCAAUGUCGAGAAGGUGGUGCGCAGCGACGAGCGCACAGACAUCGCUCCCUCGCCGAUCUGCAACAAGACGCUUUUCCCGCUCUGGGGCUUGCGCAAUCUCCGCGAUCUGUGUCUCGAUAUACACUGCCCAUUCGACGUUGACGACGCCUUGCUGUGCAAGAGGAGCAGGUCCUGGUAUUACAUCACGCGCCUCUACCUGAACACCAGCGCCCCUUGGGGCGUUUACGGAUGGGAUGCGCCUGUCGAGGAUCCUUCGGACAGUGUCAACACCUCCACCACACCGGCGGUCAAUACCAGCGACGAGGCCGAGAUGGGGGUAAACGGGGACGACGGACACCUCGGACACGCGAACGAAGACGGAGAGGCUGUCGAAGAAGACGCGGAUGGAGCUGAUGACACCCGCACGGGUCCCAUGCCCGCAGGCUGGCGUAAACCGCGCGCGACGCUCCCCGGACUGGUACGCUUCAUCGCCGACUGCCGCUACCUCGACAGCCUCGGCGUCGAAGUGAACGCAGACACCUCCUUCAUCGUCGUGAGCCCACGCGCGCGCCGCCCUUGGCUCGGCCGCAAACCUUACCCCACUCUCAGCUGCCUCGCGCUGGGGCUGUCCCCCAUCGACGACCCGUAUGCCGUGGCGGCCUACCUGUCGCAUGCGCUCCGCGACAUCAAGGAGGUGGAGAGCUCUUGGCUGUCGCUCGAGCCGGAUGUGCCUGAACACAUCCAGCCGAUCGAACGGGAGUGGUGGUCGUGGGCGCGCAAGCAGCGUGUCCGCUGGGAGAUGGUCCCGGCCGUUCUCCCGUCCUUUGCGGGGAUUCGCGUGCAGGAACACCGAUGGAGGAUACGUCGGAUGAAGUUGGCGUGGGAGACCCGACAUUACGAUCGGUAA